CCGCGAUCAGCUGUUGUGAUGAAGCUGAAGGAACCUCGUCGUGUUGAGAUCAUCUUAUUCUGACCUCUUUUUGGACGCUUUUCGCAAAAGAUAUGAGUGCUCAGCUGGGAACCGUGGUUAUUGGGGGAGGCUCAGGGUUCAUAGGGACAGCCCUCGCAAAUAGUCUGAAAAGAAAGGGGUAUGACGUUCGCGUUAUUUCACGAAAGCCAGGACCUUGGAGAACUACAUGGAGCGACUUGAACAAAGUUGGAUUACCGGAAAAUACGACAGCAGUAGUUAGCCUGGCCGGGCAGAACAUUUUAGAUCCUUUGCGACGCUGGACGGAAGGUUUCAAGCAGAAUGUUUGGGCAUCACGUGUUAAUACUACACGGUACCUAGCACAAGCAAUCAUGGAAGCCAAGGAGAAGCCAAAAGUAUUUGUAUCGUCAUCAGGCGUCAGCUAUUAUACACCUUCUCAAGAUGUAGUAUACACAGAAGAAAGUCCUGGUGGAGACUACGACUUCCUCUCCAGGUUGUGUGUGGAUUGGGAGGCUGCCUCAGAUCUGCCCCCAGAAGCCAAUGUCAGGACAGCAAAAAUAAGGACAGGUGUUGUCCUAGGGCGGCAAGGAGGCAUGAUCCAGCAGUUGAUUUUGCCAUUCUUUCUGGGAUUGGGGGGACCCAUUUCUGAUGGCUUGCAGCCUAUGCCAUGGAUCCACAUAGACGACAUUGUGGGCCUCUACAUCCAUGCCAUUGAAUCAGAAAAUGUGGAGGGGCCAGUGAAUGGUGUUGCACCACAAAUCAUCAGCAACAAGGAGUUUGCACAAGCUUUUGGCAAAGCUCUGUGGAGGCCUGCCCUGAUUCCUCUGCCGAAGAUUGCCGUCAACCUCAUGUUCAGUCAGGACCGAGCCAAGAUAAUGACGGAGGGACAGAAGGUGGUGCCAAAGAAAGCACUGGAUACAGGAUAUGUAUUUAAGUACCCUGAUAUUGCAUCAGCUGCAAAACAAUUCUCGAAGUUGAUUUAUGCUGAUGAAAUAAUAUGAUCUUUCCUACAUAAGAUAAUAUCAAGAGGAUUGGCCUAGGUCUUUAGUAUUUAAUCAAUCUAUUUUGUUUCCAUUGCAAAUAUUCAGCAGUGUUUUAAAUGUAUGAAUUUAUAUGCAUAAGUGUAAAUAAUAAACCAUUGUUUUA